AUGGGAACUCAGGGAGGGACGGACUCUGAGCUUUCGCAUCAUUCGCCUGGAGGCUCGCUCAGCCCGGCCUCGUCUAGCUCCAGUACACAUGGCUCGACUUCAGGGAGGGCCAGCUCCUCCAACUCUGCGUCGAGCAGCUCAAGCUCGAGUUCGAGUUCACCAUCGGGAGAGCAUGGGAACUCGCCAACAUCGGAGGAAGGUAGUGAGUCUGGUAAUUCUGGAAAUGGGAGUCACAAUGGCGCUCAUGGUGGCUUUAAUGAAAUUGAAAAUGGCGCUCAUGGUGGGUUUAAUGAAAUUGAAAAUGGUCAACAGCAUCCCCGCAGAUCAAGUCGAGCAAACUUGGGAUGUCCCCCCCAUUCGUCUACUCGAUUAUGA